GACGGGCUGUUCCUGCAGCGGGUGAAGCUGGGCCUCUCCGACCCCAACGACGCCCUCUCCUCCUGGAACGGCGUCCUCUGCUCCCCGGACGGCGCCCACGUCACCGCCGUCGACCUCUCCAACGCCCUCCUCGCCGGCCCUUUUCCCUCCUUCCUCUGCCGCAUCCAAACCCUCACCUCCCUCUCCCUCUUCAACAACUCCUUCCUCUUCUAUCUCCUGUUUCAAUUUGAACAGGAUGCAGUGAAUGCAUGUUGUAACUGUAUUGUGUUUGACAACAAGUACUACUAUGAGGUGGGGAUCGGAAGCAACUUGACCAGGCAAUUCUGGUUCACAACACCUCCUAAACCAGGCCCUGAUGUCCAGUGUACUUUUGGCCUCAUAGGUGAUCUGGGCAGUACAUCUCCGCUAGGGUACUAUGUUAAGAGGGCUUCUGCUUACAUUAUCGUCCUCUCCAGCUACUCUGCUUAUGGGAAGUGCACUCCUAGAUACAGGUGGCUAGAAGAGGAGCUGCAAAAACAUGAUGCCUCAGCCAGCUUACUCAGCCUUCCGAGAACACACGCCUAUUUCGAUUUGGCAUCGGAAUCAAAGAUGGUUAUGCUGUCGAAGCCGAUUCCUAGUGGUUGCUCAACAGACACGCACUGGCUGCAGCCCUUGGCCGAGUCGUCGCAGGCUGCCGCGAUUUUGAAGAGGUGUGUUUCGAGCCACCUUUCGGAAUAUGUAUAAUCCGAGUUGUUGGGAUCGAAUGUUCCACUUCAAAGUUAGGAACUCUUUGUUGUGGGUUUGGUUCAAGAGCUUAUAAUCAAUCCACAUAAAUGAAAAAAGUGUUAUACAAAUCUUCACGUGCAUGAUAGGUGAAUUGAGGAUCAAUCUCUCUUUCGUUAGUUCCAAUUAAGCUCAA